GCUGAAUAAUUGUUGUUACACUUUAAAAAAUUCUUGAAGUGAUGAAUCUAUUUUUAAUGAUUUUGUGACGCCAUCUAAUUAUACAAUGUACGAACACCUACGUUUAUAGAAGUUGGCCAGGAAAAUAUUACAUACGAUGAGUAUAUUUCACAUGAUUUUAACGUUUGCAAUUGCAAUGAUAAUCACAUCUAUAAAUGGUUACAAUAUAUUAGGUGUUUUUCCACAUGCAGCUCAAAGCCAUUUUAAUAUAUUUGGUUCCUUAAUGGAACAAUUAGCCAAGCGUGGACACAAUGUAACAGUGAUUAGUUACUUUCCAAGAAAAGAUGUUCUGCCAAAUUAUCAUGACAUUAGCUUGGUAGGAACAGGGCAAAUAUUAAUUAACACUAUACCAAUACAAACGAAUACUAAAUUGAAUUUUGAAAAUUAUUUCGAGCAUUUGCGUAUAUCCCAAAAUGGUUUAUCAAGCUGUGAAGUGGUUGGAUCAACUACUAUACAGAAUUUCUUAAAAUUGAAUCAAUCAUACGAUGUAAUAAUUCAAGAACACUAUAAUACAGACUGUUUUCUCGUAUUGAAUUUCAUAUUGAAAGCACCAAGUAUUGGAAUUACAACUUGUACAAUUCAUCCCUGGCUGUUAGAUAGAAUGGGAAUACCCGUGAAUCCAGCGUACUUUCCAAUAAAUUUAUUUCGUCAUUCAGACCAAAUGUCGUUUCUAGAACGUAUUCAAAAUACUAUUGGCUAUUUUCUUCAUGGACAUUUAUUGGCAAAAUUAUGGAUGACUGAUCCAUCAAAUAAUCUAGUUCGAAAAUAUUUUGGAUCAAAUUUUCCAUUAUUGGAAGAUAUUGCCAAAAAUACUAGUUUAUAUCUUGUAAAUACACAUUUUGCGAUAAAUAAGGCAAGACCUUUACCGCCAAAUGUUAUUGAAAUAUCUGGAAUACAUUUAACUCAACCAAAAAAGUUACCUAAAGACAUUCAAGAAUUUAUUGAUAAUUCUACUCAGGAUGUAAUCUAUUUUAGUUUUGGCUCAAUGAUGAAAGGUAGUUCUAUUCCUGAAAAAGAUCGUUUGAUGUUUAUAGACGCGUUUAAGGAACUACCUUACAAAGUAUUAUGGAAAUUUGAAAACGAGUCAUUAAUUUCGAAACCAGAUAAUGUUAUGAUUCGACAGUGGAUGCCUCAAUUUGAUAUACUUAGUCAUUCGAAAGUCAAAGCAUUUAUUUCUCAUGGUGGACUUUUAGGAUUUGUCGAAGCAAUCCAAAGUGGAGUACCAAUAGUGGCAAUACCAUUUUAUAACGAACAAUAUAUUAAUGCCAAAGCUUUAGAAUUAAGUGAUGUUGCCAGAAUCGUAAAUGGUGAUUCAUUUACUAAAGACGAUAUAAUUAACGCUAUAAAAUCAGUAUUAGAUCCUAAAGUUCAAGAAAAAAUGAAACGUUUAUCAAAAUUAUAUAAAGAUCGUCCUAUGUCACCCAUGGAUACAGCUAUAUGGUGGGUUGAAUAUGUAGCAAGAAAUGGUGGUCAUAUGGAUACCUUACGUAGCUCAGUUGUUGGAAUGCCAGUCUACAAAUGGAUGCUUUUGGAUGUUGCUACAUUUGUUUUAUCUGUGAUAUUUAUUAGUUUGUUUUUAGUGUAUAAUUUUAGUAAAAAAUUUAGAACCAAAAAUCGUUGUAACAUUAAAAGAAUUUAA